UCCAAUGCAAGAAGGGCAUUAUAACCAAGGGGUUGUUAAUCUCAACGAUGGAGACAUCGCAUUCACCGAAAUGCUUGUGAUUUUGCAACAAUACGGAGACUACCGAAACAAUUGUUAUUCAAAGGUAGGCAAUGGGGGAGAAGGAAGCGGCAGUGUCCAUGGUGGACGCCGAAGAAACCAAAGCGGAGUUCAUAUGGACCCUCCAGGCGACGUGGCAUCUGGUCAACACCCGUCUGGAAAUGGACCAGGCUUUUGAACAGCCCGUGUGCAAGAAGAAGAAACUUUGGGAGACAGUGGCCGAGGGUGUCAAUGCCCGUCUGAGGGAGAAGGGAGCAGCCAACGUGGAUGUCAAGGCCCACGAGUGCGACCUGAAAUGGAGGAACAUGCUGACCACCUACAGAAAGAACGCCGAGCGGGCCAAGAGGCUGGGGGAGGCUGCCGUCCAUUGGGAGUUUUUUGGGGCCAUGCACCGAGUCCUGGGGAAAGACGCGCCGGCUGGACGGGGUUCCAAGAUGGACAAGACCAAGGUAAGCAGCAAGAGAUUCACGCCCAUUCUGCCGUCGCCUCCCCCUGCGAUUUCCUCAACAUCAUGUGGUCCGAGGCCGCCGCAGGACGUCCUGCAGCUGUACAUGGAGCUGCAGGAGAGGAAGUUGAGGAUGUGGGCCCAGCAGAAAGCACUCGAAGAGAGGAAGAUUGAAGCCAUCAACAACCUGGCCCACGCCAUCGCCAGCCUGGCCCAGAAAGACAAAGAAAGCUCAUAAAGAGACAGAUGGACUCAUGUGGACAUGACACUGCACACAAAAUUACUAUACUUUAUUUUUCCUUGAAUAAAAAGUAGGAUUUUAUCGCAA